GUUCUAAAAACGAAUACUGUAUACAGUUUUUGUUUGAUGCCGUUACCAUUGGCAACUGUUCUGUUAUUGCCUGUACUAGAAAAACGGGAAUGGCGGAACAGUUAGUAGGAAAAAUAAGUACCGUACAGAUUUCGGAUGUACUAACAGAGCCACUGAGUUUGUCGCAAAAUUUAAAUCCUCUACUCACUCUAAAUGACAUCGUGCGUACGUGCUAUGGACCACGUGGUCGUUUGAAAUUGAUCCAAAACAAAGAUGGAGGAACGGUUGUUAUAACGUCGUCUUCAUCUAUUUUAUUUCAUAGAAUAUCGCCUUCUAAUCCAUUUGUUCGACUUAUUUUUGCCUGUGUUAAGUCUCACUUAAGCAAGUUUAAUGAUUUUGGUUUAUUAACAGCAUUGAUUAUAACAACGCUUUUAUUAAGUUCCUUGCACCUAAAUGUGCCUAAAAUUCUGGUUGCUGACGUAAACGAUUACAUCAUAAAGCUGUGUUUUGAAUAUUUCAAUUCGGAGCAGUGUCCUUGUAAGGUGCGGCUUCGAUUGGAUGAUGUUUCGCAGCUGCUAUCUGUGAUAAGAACUGUGAUAAAUUCAAAACCGGGUUGUGUGUUGAGUAAAGAUGAGAAAAAUCAUCUCGCUUUGUUAUUACUGAAAGCAUUCUUAAAUGUCGUGCCGAAUACGGGCAAAAUUAUGGGUAGAAUUGAAAUUAUCACUCGGGAAGGAGUAAAUGUAUUAAAUUCAGAUGUAUUUUGUGGUCUCUUGAUACCUUGUCAAUCAAAUACCAAAGCAAUCUGUGAUAAAAAUGGGAAAAGAAAUUUAAAAUUGCUUCUUUUUGCUACAUCUCUUUCGGGAGAUGCAAAAUUUUGUGUUGAUAAACUUGAAGUUCAUGGAGAUGUAUCAGUUUGGAAUGAAGUAUUUUGUGAAUUAAAUAAUUUGAUUGCAAAAAUUAUUGAAAAUGACAUUGAUAUUGUAGCUUGUCAAAUGGUGAUUCACCCUUUGUUAAAAGAACGAUUAGAAAGUGCUGGAAUUUUAGUAUUUGAUCGUUUGGGUGCUGAUCUUUCACGUGCACUUCAGGAAUUAACGAGAGCUUGUCCAAUAGAAACUUUACUUUUUCCAGAAGAUUUAAAUGUUGUAGGUAAUGUAACAUCUAUUGAAAUGAAAAAAAUUAAUAAGAAAACAUAUGUUAAUCUGCAGUCUAAUGAUACAAUGUGGACGUUACUAAUAUGUCAUAACAUUGAAUCAGCAUUAAAUGAAACAAAUUUUCUUUUUACAUGCUGUUGAGAAUGUGUUAGAAGAUGAUUUUGUUUAUCUACGUCUUGUGAGUUAGGUUUUUUGAUUAAUAUCAGUUGUAUUAUUGUUUUCUGAAU